CUGGCAGCUAGUUUUGAUUUUUCGUGGUAAGGCGUGCGUUCGCGCAGUCUCUGGGAGGAACUCGCAGCGGCGCGGACGCUGCGCGAAUCGUGUUCCAAAUUUGAAUUCGAAUAGUGAAGUGAGUGUUUCGGUUAUUAAGCUUUAAGGUAAGUUCGGGAAUACGUAAUAAUUGGAUUGUGUUUAAUGCGUUUACAGAUUUUUUUGUGCUUGUUAUAUUUUAAGAAUAACUAAUUUCAUUGGUUUAUCGAUGGAAUAAUUAAAACCCAAUCGAUUGAUAACUUUUAUUUAUUUAUUUAACAAAAGAAAAAAUAACAAUUAGCGGACUUCUUUACUAAUCGACCAUAUGACUAAAUGAUUUGUGAUUUUACUUAUAUGUUUGCAAAUACUAGAAGAUCAUGGGCAGCAGUUAUUGCAACAAAACUAGACCGCACAUAUUAAAACACGAUUUUAUCGGGUCUGUUGCAAAUUUAUUUUCGACGUUUCGACGCAGAAUAUUUGGUUUGGUGGCAGGAUUUUAUAGACCUAAACAAACUUACAUUUACAUAUAUUACUCAAGUUACCCAACCCCAGCUAUUUUUUUGUAUAAGGUUUUACUUUUUAGAGUUUUUGUAUGUACGAACAUAAAACUAAGUUUUUAGAACACUAAUAACGGUAACUUUUCAGGCACACAGUAUUACUUUUGUCUUUUACAUUUUUUUGCAACGCUUCAACUAUAAUCAGAACCAAUUUUAACUCAAUCGGUUGUCCGUGGUCAGGGAGAGACCGUGCCGCUAGUGUUGUAUCACAGUAUAAGGAAGUUGUCUUUUUACAACCAGUAGUUAACUUCGACAUUUUAUAAUUUUCGUUCGUAAUUCAAAAUUUACUUUUAAAUUUAAAUUCCUUGAUUAAUUUAAUUCCGGUACAAACAUAGAAAGAUCAAAUUUCAAAAUGACGACGCAAAUAUUAAAUUCGACGCAAAGUGUUUUAAAAGACACUUACGAUUAUUACCUAUGGACAUUAUCAUUGUCGGACAACAGAACAAAAGGAUGGCCGCUAGUCGACUCCCCCGCUCCAACAGUAUUUUACACAAUAUUGUAUCUAUUCAUCGUAUGGUCAGGACCCAAACUCAUGAAAAACCGGCAACCCUUCCAAUUGACUUGGCUGUUAGUGCCUUAUAAUUUGGCAAUGGCGGGUCUGAAUGCUUACAUAGCCGUAAGGUUACUCACGGCGUCUUUCAGAUUGAGAUAUAGUUAUAUAUGCGAGCCUUGCCGGCAAAAAUACGACCCUGAUGAAUUACAAAUAGCAGAUGCAGUGUGGUGGUAUUACUUCUCGAAGCUUCUAGAAUUCUGUGACACAUUCUUCUUCAUUCUGCGGAAAAAAGACGAGCAGCUCACCUUCUUGCAUGUUUACCAUCACUCCACCAUGUUCAGCUUCUGGUGGAUCGGCAUCAAGUGGGUGCCAAGUGGGUCAACAUUCCUGCCAGCCAUGGUGAACAGCGCUAUUCACGUCCUCAUGUACACCUACUACGGGCUCUCGGUGUUCGGCCCCUCCGUCAGCAAGUUCUUGUGGUGGAAGAAAUACCUCACAAUUCUUCAACUGAUCCAAUUCACAGCUGCGCUAGUCUUAGGCAUUAACGGCAUCCGCAUGGGCUGCGAGUUCCCCCUCUGGAUGCACUACGUCCUUAUCUUCUACAUGAUCUCCUUCAUCGUCCUCUUUGGAAACUUCUACAUGAAAGCCUAUCUUGCAAAGGGAAGCAAAUGUAUGGAGGUGAGAUAUGGCGAGUGUCUGGACGAUGAAGAAACAAUCGCAAAGAGGAAACUUAAACAAUCUUAAAAAAAAUAUAUUUAAAAUAAUUUAUCUAUGAGAUAGGUACUUACAAAUUAUAGCUCUCUGGCGGUCGUAAUAUAUGUUAUUGUUAUAUGAAGGGUAAUUUAUUGCAUAUAAAAAUACAUUUGUUUA